AUCUCACGGCAAAUCACCGGCGCGUGUGUCCCCCCCCCUUCCCCUUCCAGCUGCUCCCCACCCCCACAGCUCCUUUUUGUGCUAUGGAAGUUUUCUGCCUGCUCUGAAAGCGCAGCACCGAAGCGACCAUGCUGAGGCAGCCGCCCUUCUAUGAGCUGGUGGGCUACAGGCAGCCCCCUCCCGCCUUGCUGGUCAAACCAGCUCCUGAGCGGCCAGACUUUGCUCCAGAGCCUCUCCAAGGACCCGGGAGUGCCAAGGCGACCGCGGCAGCAGCGGGAGGCCACCUCGCCUCUGCCGCCGGCGUCACGCCCAAGAGUGACCAGAAGACCGAGCAGCAGCAGCUCCGGAGGAAGAUCAACAGCCGGGAGCGGAAGCGAAUGCAAGAUCUCAACCUGGCGAUGGACGCGCUGCGGGAGGUGAUCCUGCCCUACUCGGCCGCGCACUGCCAGAGCUCGCCGGGGAGGAAGCUCUCCAAGAUCGCCACGCUGCUCCUGGCCAGGAACUACAUCCUCUUGCUGGGGAGCUCCUUGCAAGAGCUCCGGCGGAUCCUAGGCGAGAUGAGCGGCUCGGGCCCCCGGCUGCUCCUGGCGGGCCUGCCCCUCUUCGCCGCCGCCGCCGCCGCCGCCCCGGGCCCGGUGCUCUUGACGCCGGGGGCCGUGAAUGCCCAUCACCACCACGCCCCGCACCCGGCCAGCAAGUACCUCUCGGUGGCCCUGGAAGAGCAGCAGUGCGGCCAAGUACACCUGCCCAGCGGCGCCAGCCUGUGCACUUGCGCCAUUUGCAAGUUCCCCCACUUCAUCCCGUCGUCCGGCCUCAGUUUAGCGGCCGUGCAGGCGCAGUUCUCCAAGUGACUGGGCCACUCCUGACCCGGGACUGCGGCGGGGUGGGGGUGGGGGAGAGAGAGGAUAGGAGAAGAGAAGAGAGGCGGAAGAUAGGACCUGGAGGGAGGGGCAAGGACGAGGACACGUGCGCAGCAGGAGGACUGGCGCGAGCGACGGGGAAGCGUCCUCCUCUGUUUAGUCCUCGCCGGGGUCGGACCGUGGCGAGAAUGCAGACAGUUCAGCAACGGGAGAAAGGAAUCUCCGGGGCGUCCGGCCCUUUAACAGGACAAGUUUGCAUGCAUUUCAGUGUCCGUUCAAAUCAAAUGCGAGAACGCUUCGCUCGCGCUUCGCUCGCGCGCGUGUAUGUAAGGAGGCGGGAGACAUUGCCAGGGAAAACGAAAAAUAAAGCAGUUGCCCAGAAAACUUGCUUUACAGUUUUAUAUGGGGCAAAAGACCAACCGAAGUUAUGUACCGUGAAUGAUGAGAACUUGUGCGCAUUCACUUUGGAAUAAGCCACGAGGCUUGCUUCCAAAGUAAACGUGCUUAAGGUUGGGCUGCUUGUCCAAUUGAUGUAGUGCGCAUGCUCCACAAAAGUCCGUAACUUAAUCAUGCCUCUGCAACUCUGUUCGUCUUCACCCAGUGCAGUAACAAGCGAGUGUUGUCAUUUACCUUGGCAACCCUGAGAUGCCACCCGUUCUCCCUUAUUGCCUAGUAUUUAAUUGUAGAUCGUGUAGUCAUUAGUCGCCACUGAUGUAUUGUUUGAAGAUAAUACCACUACGGCUAUCAAGAGGUGUGCAGCCCAAACCUAUCCAUUUUUACUCAGAAGUAAGCCCCACCACUCAUUUUAAUGGGACUGACUCCCAAGUAAGUUUGCAUAUCAUGGUAGCCCUCAGCACAAUCCUAAACUUGCUUACUCAGAAUGGAGCUUACCGCUUAGUAAGUAUUCCUAGGAUUCCAGUUUUCCAUUACCUAAAAGAUAGGCCUAAUGAUAAAUUUGUAACAUUACGCUGAGCAGAUAAUCCAUAGACACUCUAGUUUAAUGGUGAUGAGUGAAACAGGAGAGCCAUUGUCUUAGAAACAGAGAAAAAUUAAUAAAGAAAUGCUUGUAAUUUCAUUUGAUAGCUCCACCUCCUGAUCUAUUGCUUCUGAUUUUAGUACUUGAUAUAUUCUAUUUCUAUCCUAGGUAUAAGAGAUGAUGUUAGAAAAAUCCAGGAACUCAAAAUUAGAAUGUUCUAAUAUGUUGAUACCAUAAUAUAUUACAGAAUCUGCAGCACUGGAAGCUUCCCCCCUUCUUUUAAUCCUUUAGUUAUUUAUACUUGAUUCUGAUUAAAGAUAGAUCUUGAGACAGCCUUUUAAGAUACCUUUCAAUCCAUUUUCCCCCAGUUUUAUAUACUAAUGAAGCUGUAUAAUUCUAGAAACAAUGGUGUUUCAUAUUCACUUACGUCUGGAUGGUUUUAUUCUCCCCUUUAGGUAGUUUUUGUUCACUUCAAUUAUUGUGAGAUUACCAUUACAAUCUGCACAAAUAAACACCAAACUAUAAUAUCUAUCUUCUCACAUGCCCAAUGCAUCUGUAUCAAUGAGAGGCAAAGUAUGUUGUCAUGUUAUAAUCCUUUUAUGCCUGAAGGAGAGCCAGUAAUUCACUUCAGUCUCAAACUUGACUAAGUUUAAUUAGAGGUAGGAGCAAUCUAGUAUCAAGGAAAGGAGCCCCAGAAUAAUUAGGGACUCUGCCUCCGGUGAAGUAGUCACAGAAGCAAAGACCUGGGUAGAGUCUGCAAUUCAUUGUAACCAUAUGGUAGUUUCAGAAUGUCUUGUUAGGGUUCAAGAUGAUUAAAAAAUGGUAGACAUAAAUUAAGUCUGGAAAGCUAGGUCAGUGAAGUGAGGAAGAGAGGUCCUUAGAGUUAGCCUCCUUCUCCAAUGUCCAAAUCUUCCUUCAGGUUGGUUACUGCUGGGGAGUUUUCGGAUCUUGAAGCAUGCACACCCUUUUCUUGCUUCUAGGCUGAAGCAGGAAGCCUUCUCUCAGGGACUCUCUGCAGGAGGGCUGAGAGGAGACUGAUCCCAGCCUGACACCUCAAUCCCUAAGCAGUCUAACUCAACCGUAAGACCCAGUGUGUCAACGGAAUAUUCCCAGGUAAGUAUGGACAAAUUGCAUCUUUGGCCUCCUCAAUUCAAUUUGAUUAAUUCUGCCCAGGUGGUUUUCCCUGUCUUUGACUGCUCGGUUUUAAUUCAGAAGGAAGUAAAGAACAUCUAAUACAGUACUCCUGCUCAGAGAGCAGA